AUGCAAAAAGAAUAUUAAACAUAACAACCUGAAUCACUAACUAAUUUUGAAUUAGCUUUUUUUACUUCUACUUCAAUUAACAUAGUCAGACCAAAAGGUAUCACAUAAUCUAUAUUAGAAACAUGUAUUAUUGAAAAUUUCAAUCAUCCUUUUCCUACUCCUUCUUCAAAAUUAAAUUCUCUUAUUAUGGUUUAUCCUCUAUCUGUUUUAAUCACUUGCCAUUAGAAUGGUGAUAUAAUAUUUUACGAAGCAUCAAGAGGGAUAAACAUAGAUUUAAUCUAGAAAUUAAGCUUUCCUAAUUAAAAUUGUAUUUAGCUACAGACUUUUUAUGAUAAUAAAAUAGCAGCAAUUGUAAGUGAAAAUAUUUUCUUGAUUGAUACUUCACAAUAAAUAAUAUUAAAUCAAUUAUGGAAUCUAAAAAAUAUAGUAUAAAUAAUAUCGAAUUAUGAUAAAUUAGCAAUAAGUUACAAUGACUGCAUUUAAAUUGUUUCUACUGAUUUUAAAAGCCUUUUUUUAGAAUGCUAGACUUAGUUUUCGAUAUUUAAUUCUGACUAAGAUAUAGUGUAAAAUAAUUAUACUAUUGAUGAAAUUGUCUUCUUUGAUAGUUAAAGUAAUUUUAAUGUUUGUGAUUUUACUCUUUAAGUUACUUAUAUGUUGAAAAUUAGUUAGCUUCAAAAUGUUGUUUCAGUUUUAAGAGUAGUCAAUGAUGAUACAGUUUACUUUUUAGCAGGUUUUUUUAUUUAAUAAGGAUAAUCAGGUGUUUUUUUAGUAUCAAAAUAUUUAGAUAAAUACUAAUUAGCUUAACAAGAUAUCUAUUAUCCCAGCGUGUAUUUGCCAAGAAAAAUAGUGAAUGAAUAUGGAAGUGUAUUUUAUAGCUUUUAAGUUCAUUAAUAAUUGAGCUUUUUUAGUGUCAUUUUUGAAAUAUAAAUUGAUAUUAAUAGAAAUAUUAAUUAUGUAGUAGGUUUUGAAUAUGUUAAUAUUGAUUAAGAAUCAACUUAUUUAAGUAAAACUAUUGGAUCAUCUGAGAAUUUUAUAAAUUAUAUUGGAACAUCAUCUGGUUUGAUUUAUACUGGUAAAUAAUAAACAUAAAGAUACAAAGAGUUAAAAAUAAGCAGUAAAUUUUUAUAAGCAAGCUAAAAAGAUGAUGAAAUACAAGAAAUAAUUUAAAGUGCUUAGAUGGGCAUGUAUGAGUGUGAUUAAUGGAUGGAUUUUUAAUUCAUCUUCAAAUAAUUUUAUUAUUUAUGGAAGCAGUUUUAUCAUUCUUAGCUUAGAACUUACAAUUACGCAAGUAAUUGUAGAUGA